AUGGCACGACCGUCGUCAAUACGGUCUCAGAACCAAGGAGGAGACUUUGAUUCCCAUGAUGAUAUACCCGAUAGCCUUCGUGAUCAGCUAUAUGCUGAGGAGAACCAGCGACUCGAUAAGCAGAAAAAACCCACGGAUAAUUCGGAUAAUUCGACAAUCGGUUCGCCGUGUCCUCCAGUCAAUAUCAAUGUCCUCCAGGCUGGAUCAUCUCAACAAUCGAUGCCUCCUCCUGCUAAUGACGCUAUACCUGCUAAGCCGGGCUAUGCUGAAUCAAUCAUGGUUCACGGGCUGCUUGAUGUCGCUGUGGAGGAAUAUACCGAAUGGCAACGGUCGCGAUAA